AUGUCCAAUCCUGCCCACUUAGAUCGCGCAAUAGAUAUCGUCGGGAAAGCGAUUGAAGCAGAUAAUAAAGCCAACUAUGAGGAGGCCUACAAGCUCUACCAGAAUGCGUUGGAUUAUUUCAUGCUCGCGAUGAAAUAUGAGAAGAACGCGAAACUGAAAGACCUGAUCAAGAGCAAGGUGGUCGAGUAUUUGAACCGCGCGGAGACACUGAAAUCCCAUCUGUCUGCUGAGAAGAAGGGGAAGGCUGCGGUUGGUGCUAACGGCACCUCAGGAGCUGCGGGACCAAGCGGGAAGGGGAAAGAAGACGAUGACAUCGACGCGGAGACGAAGAAACUUCGAGCAGGUCUCUCCGGGGCCAUCCUCAGUGAACGACCAAAUGUGAAGUGGGAUGAUGUUGCUGGCCUCGAAGUAGCCAAGGCUGCGUUGAAGGAAGCCGUCAUUCUACCUAUCAAAUUCCCUCACCUCUUUACUGGCAAGCGAACACCAUGGAAAGGGAUCCUGCUUUACGGACCUCCCGGUACAGGAAAGUCCUACCUUGCGAAGGCGGUGGCCACUGAAGCGAAGAGUACUUUCUUCAGCGUCAGCUCUUCUGAUCUUGUGAGCAAGUGGCAGGGAGACUCCGAGAGGUUAGUCAAGCAGUUGUUCGAACUUGCUCGAGAGCAGAAACCUGCCAUCAUCUUUGUGGACGAGAUUGACUCGCUUACCGGCACGCGAAAUGAAUCAGAGUCAGAAGGGUCGAGGCGUAUUAAGACAGAGUUCCUGGUACAGAUGAACGGAGUUGGAAACGACGAUACGGGUAUCCUGGUUCUUGGUGCUACCAAUAUUCCAUGGCAGCUCGAUAACGCGAUCAAGCGUCGGUUCGAGAAGCGGAUAUACAUCCCUCUCCCCGGGAUUGAAGCACGCCGACGGAUGUUCGAAAUUCACAUUGGCAACACCCCCACCGAACUGAUUCCCAAGGACUAUCGCACCUUGGCGGAGAAGACUGAGGGAUAUUCCGGCUCCGAUAUUGCUAUCGUCGUGCGCGAUGCUUUGAUGCAACCUGUGCGAAAAGUGAUUUCAGCGACCCACUUCAAAGAAGUGCAAGAUCCAGAGACAGGUGCUGUGAAAUGGACGCCUUGUUCACCCGGGGAUCCCCAUGCAGUUGAAAAAUCCUGGAAUGAUAUUGGCUCUGACGAACUGUUGGAACCCCCUCUGAAGCUCAACGAUUUCUUGAAGUCCCUGGACAACACACGACCGACAGUCACCCAGGCUGACAUCAAGAAGCAUGAAGAUUGGACGAAGGAGUCUGGAAACGAUGGUGCAUGA